UCAUUUUUCUAUCACUUACAAUUAGAUUUAGAUUUUAGAUCGUUAGACUGUCGUAUCCAAUUGUUAACUACCUAUCUUCCAGAGUUAAAAAACUAACAAUAAGUAUACGUUGCGGCUGAGCAUACAUAUGAAUUCUCGAGAACAACGUUUGUUGGUCGCGCGCAUACGGGUGGUCGCAUUCCUUCUAAUGGAAGUGACACGCGUCGUUCGAUAAAUAGGCAGAAAAGCUAUGUAGUGGAGUGGACUACUGACAAUGAGUUCUAUAUCAAGAAUGGAGUACCAAGAAUGCUUAAUAUCCGCAAGUCGAAGGAAGAAUUCUCAAAUAAAUUAUUAUCCUGUGACCUCAAAAUAACGGAAUUUAUCGAUCUAUUUUUCUCGUAAAAAGCUGACUCUUCCAAGUCCAAAGUCUCUUUGUUCAAUCUAAGCUUAUGACACUGUGAUUGAUAUAAUAGAGAAAACUGUGUUUGCUCCUCUAAACGUAAAGAUUAUCUUUAAACAAACACCCUUCGAAAUUGGUAUCACUGGAUCAACAUAAAUCGUAAAAAAUAUUCAACGCUCCACUGUCCUACAUCCUGAAGAUCGAACGUUAUCGUCUCUUCGACGUGAACGGAAAAUGCUGAAACUCAUUAUCCGCAAUUUAAUCAAUUUUCGGCUUCUCAUGUCCUAUGAAACGCGUGCAUCUAUUAUUAUUGUUCCAUCUUUAUGUAUGUAAGUAAGUACGUAACGUAGGUUUGAGGGUUGUCGCUGUCCGCCUGUAUUUUCUCAGGCAACACCCCACGCCUUUACUUGUUGCUGCCGCUUUUGCCAUUCUACAGCUAGAUCCAUGCGCGUUUCUAUCGAUCACUGGCCGCCCCUAUAUAAAAAGGCCUCGUCACCGGUAACCAUGGUACACACACAGUCCAACAAAAUUUCAUGAAGCUGCAAAGAACCAAGCAAACGACGGAGAAGCUGUGAUAUAAGCAACGCGUGAAAGAUACACCACCAAGAGACUAGUGAUACUCGAAUGAAUCAUUAAAAAACAAUGCUUCCACAAGAAUGGCUGUUAGCGUUUCUAAUUGCGGGAACAGCAACCGCGCUGGCUCCCACUUCUCAUCAGACGAUGGAGGAGUCGUUGAAGACCGCGCUGGAUGCUAUUACUAGAAAGCAAAGGUCUUUGGACAGCCAAGAAUAUUACAACGAUCUUCGAUCUUUCAAGUAUCAUGAUGCUGAAGAUGAGAGAAAAUUCAACAGAGAACGUCCAGAGGAUAAUAACAGGGUGCUCGAGGAAGAGGAUGAAGAAAUCGAAUUCUUGCCCAGUGACGGUGGACAACUCGAAACGGUGGGAAAUGGCUUUCAAGAUUUAAACAAUAAGCUGUUGGAAAGAGCAUUGAUCGAUUAUCUUGAGAACAUCCCUCAACAAGAAGAACCAAUUACGUCUUCGUUUCGAGAACGCGAGCGAACCUCGAACCGCAAAAGAGGUUCCGACCGAUUGAACGUAGACAAUAAAGAGCUGGUGAAAUUAUUCCUAGAAGAGUUGCAAGAUGGUACAUCGUAUAAUCUCGACACAGGGGAUGAAGGAUACAUGGACGUUCAUCAAAUGCAGUACGAUAGAUACAGAGGCGAUCGCGGCAAUAAACUUUACGAAAACUCUGCUCCAAUGUCUUGGGGUGAACUGAUGAACAAAGAAUCUUUAUUCCGAGGACAGGAGAGAGAAACCGAUGAAAACGAGUUUAAUCGAGAUCCAAACUUGUUAUACUCCCCUUUAGCCGAACGUAGGAACGUGAAUGGGAGAUAUCCGAUAGGACGUGAUUUAGAAACGUAUCGAGGUAUGGCGAAACGUUAUCCUGUAGCUAAAAGGAGUCCAAAACCCAUGCCAGUCAAGAAACAAGUUACAGAUCCUAAAGUGGCGCAGGAUUUGGGUGCACUGUUUGGUACUCAGUCUACUACAGACAAUCAAAAUCACACUCAGAAUUACGAUCACGAUCACGAUCACGAUGAUCAGCACAAACACGAGAGUUCCUCAGAGUCUCCAAAAGUCACUCCACCGUCGAAAGGUCAAAAAGAGAACGUCACGAAACCUAACAAAUCUAAAUCGAUCGAAGUAAGAAAAAAGAGCGUCGAUUGGUCUCAAUAUUUUGGCAUCGAUCGAAGAAGAAAGAAAGCGAGUUUCAUGGCUGGUCCAGAAACGCAGAACCAAGAUGACGAAUGGAUGUUACAGCGCUAUUACGAGAAUAUGGUUGAGAAUCUGAAAGCGAACGAUCACCGGGAUUAUCAGAAAGAAACUAACGACAGAAAAGAUAAACUGGAACAAAUGAACUCGAAGCAGCAGCGGCAAAACAUCAAGGACUUGAUCGUCGAGGAUGCUUUAAGAUAUGCAGACUCGGAAGAUGCCACAAACUUACAGAAGGUGAAAGACAAAGUAAUGGCUCGUAUAGCUGCUGCCUACUCUCUAGAGAAGGUGAGAAAAGCUCUGAAUGAACUGAGGAAUAAUGUGGCUGUUCGAAUAGAAUCGCAAAAGAUUGCUCGUUCCCAGAACAAUCAAACGUCUAGUUUUCGGGAGAAUAAUAAUGCUGGCAAGGCUAGUGAAAAACGUACAAGCAACAAUAUAGUCGAGAACGAUGAAGCUUUUGAGGAGAAUAGAGUCUGUCCAGCGUUGGAAAUAAUUGAAAAACGAUGUAGAACCGCGGAUAGUUUGGCCGGAGAUGAGGCACAGAUGCUUUAUCUGCCCUGUGUGAUGUUGCAAAUCUGCAAGGCCUGUGUUCAAGAUGAUCUAGAAGAAGAAUGUUUAAGCUAUUACGAUAUGGAGACCGUAAGGAUAUGUAAUGCUCAGGAAGCGGAAGAAGGACAAAAGGGAAUAGUAGCGUGUGUAAGGAGAGCUUUAAUAUUGUCACGAUUGCAACCACCGCCAGCAGUCUCUAUACACUGUCGCAUAAACGGCAACGAGUCCUGUUUACGACGUUAUCAUUAUCGUUACCUGCAUCGUUAUCUUCGCUAUCCUUACGGUGGUCAACGACCGAACAAUGGCUACGAAACAAUCGGCUCUCAGCAAAUGGAUCGAUAAGAAAGGAGGAAGAAAUAUCGGUACACCGAUAUCGGUGAGACACGACGUCCACGUCACGUUGAGAAAACACGUGCGGCUCUCCACCAAAUACAUAUAUGUGACCUCGAAUCGAGCUUUAUUUUCCAUAACUUUUAGUAUUCUCCUUAUAACAAUAUAUGUAUAGUUUGUGUGCAAUCAAACAACAGUUUACAUACAUACAUACAUACAUACGUAUACAUGGAUCGGUCUAAAUGCUUUCGGCUUUUCAAUUAAAUUAACUUGACCCUCAUUUUCUUUAAGAUAGAAAAAUUAUAGAAUGUCAGAAGAGAUUGAACGAACAUUGAAAGUCGAUUCGAGACAAAUAUUGAGAAAACUAGUUGAAAUUGAAAUUUUCUUCGUGUAAUAGAGAUAUACAGUAUAAUAGAAUUUUAAGAAAAAUACCAAAUGGAUUCUUCUAUUUGCGAGGUGUUUUCUUUUUCUUCUUUAUUUUCUUUAGUCGACUCGAAAUAAAUACGACGAUGAAAGAUGAAAGACAAUAAUUACUGACUAAACUUUUGUUAUUCAUUUUUAAGAAGGAACGAGUAUUGAAUUUCUUUUCUUAAAGAAUAUACAGUCGAAUAAAGAUCAUUGUCGAUAAAACAAAUCACUUAUGAAACUCGGCUAGAUACCUCGCAAACAAAAUCAAUUGUAUAAUAAAAUACAUUAUAAAAAGAGAUGUUAAACACCGAA